AUCGCUUACCUAGAGAGAUUGUUGUUGUCAAAAUUUAAAGGGAGCUUGGUUCUGAACCUCCCUGUAGUCUGGGUCUUUAUGCGUACACAUACAUUCUGGACUUAAAAAAGAGAACAACUUCAUUCAGCACCCAAAUAUUACGAAGAGAACAUCUAAUUCGGAGGAGCACAGUUCCGAGUAGUACCUCAGGUUGGAGUGCCAUCCCCGCAGACGCAGCAUGAGCUCAAAGGCGGGAGGCACCGCCCUGACCCGCCGGAACUAUCGCCUGGGCCCCGACACCGACAAGCCCAAAGUAGCAGGCAUUGUGCAUGAGAAGCUGCUGAGCGACUACCUGCACCAUGUCUUUCCCCCAUCCAACAAGCAAAGCGCCCCCUCUGCUGCCUUCAGGAAAACCCUCACCUUCCAGGACCUGGGGGCCCACCUGGAGAGGCUGCAGUGUGAGGGGGAGCCUGCAGAGGACGCUAGAGAUCAGACGAUAGACGGGCGGUUAGGCCCCCCCACUGUGGUCUUGGAUCACACCAGUGGCUUUGAGGGACUCCUUUUCGUCGACGACGACCUCCUGGGGGUCAUCGGGCACAGCAAUUUCAGCUCCAUCAGAGCGACUACCUGUGUGUUCAAAGGAAAGUGGGUGUACGAGGUGCUGAUCUCCUCCCAGGGCCUGAUGCAGAUCGGAUGGUGUACGCUCAACUGCAGAUUCAACCAGGAGGAGGGUGUGGGCGACACGCCGGACUCGUACGCCUACGACGGGAACAGAGUGCGCAAGUGGAACGUCACGACCACUAACUACGGCAAGACCUGGGCAGCCGGGGAUAUCGUGAGCUGCCUGAUAGACCUGGACGAAGGGACCAUCACUUUUUGCCUAAAUGGCCAGGCUCUGGGAACGGCCUUCAGCAACAUUAAGAUGGGCCCCGGGAUCGCCUACUUCCCGGCCAUCAGCUUGUCCUUCAAAGAAUCUGUGGCCUUCAACUUCGGGAGUCGCCCGCUACGGUACCCUGUGGAGGGCUACACGCCCCUGCAGAGCCCCCCCACCGCUGACCUCGCCAAGGCCCACAGGCUGCUGGGGUACAUUAAGAAUGUGCUGUCCACCACGAUAGACACACAGGAGGGGAAGCUGGUGCAGAAGGACAGCUCCAGCUGGCAGCUGCAUGGCGAGCCCACAGUCCUGGUCACUCUGGCCCACAUCUUCAACCACUUCGCCCCCCUCAUGUGCAAGGUGUACCUGGUGGAGGACGUCCUGAUGAACUUCCUGCUGGGCAUCCUGGAGGGGGGCGGCUCGGUGGAUGAGCACCCCCUCAUUCAGCAGCUCCUGGACCUCUUCUGGCUGCUCAUGGAGGACUACGAGGUGAACGAGUGCCUGAAGCAGCUGAUGAUGUCCCUGCUGAGGGCCUACAGGUUCUCCCCCAUCAUCCCGGACCUGGGCUUUCAGAUCCACUACUUGCGCCUGACCACCGCCAUCCUUCGGCACGAGAAGUCCAGGAAGUACCUCCUCAGCAACGUCUUGUUCGAUGUGUUGCGCUCGGUGGUGUUCUUCUACAUCAAGACCCCCCUGCGGGUGAAGGAGGCGGGGCUAGAGGAGCUGAUCCCAACCACCUGGUGGCCAACCCGCUUCGACAAGGAGGGGAGGGACGAGCGGGAGCCCAGGGAAGAGAGUGCGGAGGAGAGGCUCAGGAGGCGCGCGUACGAGCGAGGCUGCCAGAGGCUGAAGAAGAGGAUCGAAGUGGUGGAGGAGCUGCAGGUUCAAAUCCUCAGGCUGAUGCUCAACAACAAGGACAAAGGGACGGGGGAGGCCUCGCGGUAUAUAUUCCUGAAUAAGUUCCGCAAGUUCCUCCAGGAGAACGCAAGUAACCGAGGGAACCCCACAGUGCUGUGUCCUCCUGAGUACAUGGUGUGUUUCCUGCAUCGCCUCAUCACCGCCGUGCGCGGGUACUGGGACGAGGGCAAGAGGAAGAGCGCGGGGUGCAUCAGCAGUGAAGAGGCCUAUGUCCCCCCCCAGCUCUUCUACAACGGGAAGGUGGAUUACUUCGACCUCCAGCGUUUGGGAGGCCUCCUCUCUCACCUGAAGAAGACCCUCAAAGAUGACCUUGCCUCCAAAGCCAACAUCAUCAUCGACCCGUCCGAGAUCCUGGCCACCUCCAUGGAUGACCUGGACGAGGAUGAGGAGGUGGGGGGAGCGCAGAGGCCGUUCGGGGCGGCGGCCAUGGGGGGCGCCCUGGCCCGGCCCAGCUGGCUCAGCUCCCCCACCCUAGGCAGGGCCAACCGCUUCCUCAGCACCGCCGCCGUCAGCCUCAUGACCCCCCGCCGACCCCUAGCCCCGCCCGAGAAGGUCAAGAUCCGCACGCUGGCCGUGGAGCAGAGGACCGAGGAGGACAUCGAGGGAAGCCAUGGUAACGAUGGGCUGUUGCUGGGGCGACCAUUGGAAGAACCCGACCAGCCAAUCACGGAGAAGUCCUUGCUGGAGAUCCUGGAUGGCAUUGUGAUGAUGUACAACCUGAGUGUCCAUCAGCAGCUGGGCAAGAUGGUGGUGGUGUCGGACGAUGUCCAUGAAUAUGCUGUCGCUCUGAAGGACACUGAGGAGAAGAUCGCCCGCUGUCCUGACAGGAGGCCAGACAUCCUGGAGGAGCUGCAGAAGAGCCAGAAGGUUUUUGCCGAGAAGCUGAACCACCUGAGCCGCAGACUCGCCUGGAUCAACGCCACCAUCUACUCCAAGGAGAAGAUGCUGGACGUGUACUGGCUCCUGCGGGUGUGCAUCCGCACCGUCGAGCACUCGGACAACACGGGCUCCCUCUUCGCCUUCACCCCCGAGUUCUACCUCAACGUGGCCAUGAACAGCUACAGCGCGCUCAAGAACUACUUCAGCCCCUCCAACAACAUGGACGAGCUGCCAGGUUACGAGGACACGCUCACCCAGCUCGCCGCCAUCCUGGCCAAGCACUUCGCCGACCCCCGCAUCGUGGGCACAGACAUCAAAGACUCCCUGAUGCAGGCUCUGGCCAGCUAUGUGUGUUACCCACAAUCCCUCAGGGCGGUGGAGAGGAUCCCAGAGGAGCAGCGGCUGGCCAUGAUGCGGAACCUUCUAGCACCCUACGAGCAGCGGCCCUGGGCGCAGACUAACUGGAUCCUGGUCCGACUCUGGAGGGGCUGUGGGUUUGGGUACAGAUACACACGGCUACCCCACCUGCUCAAAACCAAACCUGAAGACGCCAACCUGCCCAGCCUGCAGAAGCCCUGCCCCUCCCACCUGCUCCAGAGGCACAUGGCGCACCUGCUGAGCCUGGAUAAGGACAUGGCCGCCAGCUUCCUCAACAGCGUCCUCAACCAGCUCAACUGGGCCUUCUCCGAGUUCAUCGGCAUGAUCCAGGAGAUCCAGCAGGCGGCGGAGCGUCCGGAGCGUAACUUUGUGGACACGAGGCAGCUGAAGGUGUGCGCCACCUGCUUCGACCUGUCGGUCAGCCUGCUGCGCGUGCUGGAGAUGACCGUCACGCUGGUGCCUGAGAUCUUCCUGGACUGGGCCCGGCCGUCCGCUGAGCUGCUGCUGCGCCGCCUGGCUCAGCUUUUAAAUCAGGUGCUGAACCGCGUGACCGCAGAACGGAACCUGUUCGACCGCGUGGUCAACCUUCGCCUCCCAGGGCUGGAGAGCGUGGAUCACUACCCCAUCCUCGUGGCCGUGACGGGCAUCCUGGUGCGGAUCCUGGUGGACUCUGACAGGCAGGGGGAGUGGGACGAGCUGGACUAUGACCCCAAUGACAUUUCAGACGGAGUUGACAGGGUGUCCAGAGCGGCUGCAGUCCUGCUGUCUGAUCCCUGCUUCCAGCUCCACUCCAUCCAGCACCUCCUGGGGGAGAAUGAGCCUCCACCCACCGGCCCUGCCCCUCUGCCCCCCGCUGAGAGGAAACACUUCUCCCUCCAUGCCUACACGGACUACAUCAGUGCGGAGGAGGAGAGGAAGGUGGAGCAGAUGCUGUCCUUCCUGACGCAGGAGUCCAAGGACGCAGCAGCCAGUGCGGCGCCCACCAGUGAAGAGGACCUGUGCCCCAUCUGCUAUGCACAUCCCAUCUCCGCCGUCUUCAAGCCCUGCUCCCACAAGUCCUGCAAGGCCUGUAUCAACCAGCACCUAAUGAACAACAAAGACUGCUUCUUCUGCAAGGCCACCAUUACUGGUGUGGAGGACUACAGCAAACCUCCCUCAUCUUAGCACCUCUCCCCAAGGCUACCCUACACCGGGGAACUGGACACCUCAGACACACAGAUACACACACACUCUCUCUCUCAGACACACAGAUACACACACACUCUCAGACUCACAGAUAUACACACACUCUCAGACUCACAGAUAUACACACACUCUCUCUCUCAGACACACAGAUACACACACACUCUCUCUCUCAGACACACAGAUACACACACACUCUCUCUCUCAGACACACAGAUACACACACACUCUCUCUCUCAGACACACAGAUAUACACACACUCUCUCAGACUCACAGAUACACACACACUCUCUCUCUCUCUCUCUCUCUCAGACACACACACAUACAGGCACACACUCUCUCUCAGACACACACAUGUAAAAGGCACACACUCUCUCUCAGACACACACAUGUAGAGGUACACAUCCCCACAUUCUCUCUCUCUCUCUGACACACACGUACUGGGUAUGCACACAGACACACAGACACACACACUCUCUCUCUCUGACACACACGUACUGGGUAUG